UUUUUUUGUUUUGGAACCACGGUUGUUCCAAAGCUUGACGGAACUUGGAAGGGGACUCCCACUCCCCUCCCUCUUUCCGUCGAGUUUGUGACUCCGAGAUGGACAAAGUGUGUGCUAUUUUUGGAGGCUCCCGAGGCAUUGGCAGGGCUGUGGCCCAGUUAAUGGCCCGGAAAGGCUACCACCUGGUGAUCAUUGCCAGAAACCUGGAAGGGGCCAAAGCCGCCGCCGGUGCCCUCGGCGGAGAUCAUUUGGCAUUUAGCUGUGAUGUUGCUAAAGAACAUGAUGUUCAAAAUACAUUUGAAGAGAUGGAGAAACAUUUAGGUCGAGUAAAUUUCUUGGUAAAUGCAGCUGGUAUAAACAGGGAUAGUCUUUUAGUAAGAACGAAAACUGAAGAUAUGGUAUCUCAGCUUCAUACUAACCUCUUGGGUUCCAUGCUGACGUGUAAAGCUGCCAUGAGGGCUAUGAUUCAACAACAGGGAGGGUCUAUUGUUAAUGUAGGAAGCAUUGUUGGCUUAAAAGGCAAUUCUGGCCAGUCUGUUUACAGUGCCAGUAAAGGAGGAUUAGUUGGAUUUUCACGUGCUCUUGCUAAAGAGGUAGCAAGAAAGAAAAUUAGAGUGAAUGUAGUUGCACCAGGAUUCGUACACACAGAUAUGACAAAAGACUUGAAAGAAGAACAUUUAAAGAAAAAAAUUCCUCUUGGAAGGUUUGGAGAAACUAUUGAGGUGGCACAUGCGGUUAUGUUUCUUUUAGAAUCACCGUAUGUUACAGGGCAUGUUCUGGUAGUGGAUGGGGGAUUACAACUCAUUUUGUAAUUUAUAGAUUAUUCAGUUAUAGGGGUGGUUAGCAUCAGGGGCACACUUUGGCUGCAGAUUAGACAAUUAUACCUACAUGGGUAACAUUUGCUAAUCAAAUUUGCUGAUGCUACAAAUGUUAAUUUCUGUCUUUAUAAAAAUAUGUCUGAAAAGAA